AUUUCAGUAAGAGGGACAAUUGGGAUAAACAGCUCACAGAUGAUGGGGUUGAUGAGUCGGUCAGUUUGGAUGAUGUGGAAAGAAGCUGUAACUAAAGCAAAUUGACGUCGUGUGCUACAGAGGUGGAGGCUCAACGAGCCCAGAAAUAAAGUCAGAAAAAGAGGGGGUGCAUUUCAAGAAGCUUGGGUCGCAGCAGGUGCCAAUUCUGACUCAGACACACACACCGCCCGCUCCUUAUACUGACAUAUUCCCAGUCUAGUUCACCUUGCCCCACACACACUCACUCACAGGCUGUGCCCUUGCUCAGUACCAUUUCAGAGAACCUGAAACAUGGAAGCCUCCAGAAUCUCUCUCCAUCUUCUCUUCUUCCUUCUGAUUGGACAAGCUUCACACACCAGCAGUACUCAGCCUCAGACCAAUGUGGACAUAGAUCGACAUGAUCAAAACUCCAUUACCCCAGAGGAAAAUAACAGCACAACACUCCCCGACCCCUCCCCGGAGCCAGACAACUCCAGCUCCCCCAAGGAGGCCACUGCGGGCUGCUUCACGGAGCCCCAGAUGGGCUUCAUAGUAGUGGCCUGCGCCGGGGGCCUGGUCCUGUGUCUGCUGGUCUCUACUGUGGUCCUGACCUGCCAGGUGUGCCGUCUUAGGCACCAGGCCCGUGCGCCUCGCCCCACCUGCAGUAAUGUGGACCUUUUGAGUGGCAUAGGCUACUGGGGCACGGAGCACACAGAGGGGGGCAUAGUGGGGCCCUGCGAUGCCAGCAUCAUGUUGGWGGAGGUCCAGGUGGAUGAUGAAGAGCAGGGAGAAGAAGAGUGGAAGGAAAGGGAGGAGGAGCAGGCAAGAGAAGGGGUAAGGAGCCAAACGGGGGAUUCAGGAACGGCUGGAGAAAUGUCCAUGCAGAUGCAGUGUUCCAGCUCCAGGGAUUCAUGUCUGGAAGUCCCCCAGGAGCUAGAGAACAUGCCCCUAGUGGUGUGAUGAGCAUUGCAUGCACUCGCUCUAGCCUCAGAGAGCCAUGCCUUACUGCAAAGGUCCAACUGCCCAAGUGAAUUACCCUUACUACAAAGGUCCAACUGCCCAAGUGAAUUACCCUUACUGCAAAGGUCCAACUGCCCAAGUGAAUUACCCUUACUGCAAAGGUCCAACUGCC